AUGUUUGGAUUAAUUUAUUUCUCGUUGUUGUCCUUCGGCCUUUGUGAACUAUCCUUCCAUCUUUUCACAAACACACACACACAAUCUUUCUCUCUCUUCCUCUCUCUUUAUUUCAUUUCUUUUUUCUUUAUCUUUUUUUCUUUUUCUUUUCUUUCCAUUAUUUUUCUUCUUUUCCCUUCUCUUCUUGCCUUAUUUACUUUUUCCUUUCUCCGUCUUUAUUUUCUUCACCCUUUUUUUUUUCCAUCUUUCAUAUUUAAUUUUUCUUUCGUUAUUUAUUUCCGUUUUUUCUUUCUUUAUUUUCGUUUUUUUCUUUCUUUAUUUCCAUUCUUUCUUUCUUUCUUUCUUUCUUUCUUUCUUUCUUUUCCCUCCUCUCUCCCUUCCUUAUUUCAUUCAUUUAUUCAUUUAACCUUCCUUUCUUUUUAUACAAUUUUUCUUAUCCCAUUUUAUACCCUUUUUAUUCACUUCAUUCAUUUCCUCUUCUUUCCUUCUUUAACCCCCUCCCACGUUUCUUUUUUCUUUCCUCCCUUCUUUCAUUCCUCUUUUUCUUUUUUCCUUACUCUCAUUCACUUAUACGUUUUACUUUAUAUCGCCAUUUCUUUCAACCUUUUUCUCUUUGUCUUUCAAAUAUCUUUUCCUUUAUUUAAUAAUUGUCUCCCUUUUCUUCACCUUUACAACUUAUUCUUUUAUUUUUUCGCUUGUUUAUCUUUUUUUUUUUUUCAUGAUAUCGUCUCUUCAAUUUCACUUACUAUUCUUCCUCAUCUAUUGAUUUUUCCAUUAUUUGUUUUUUUCUUUCGUUUCUUCUUUCUUUUUUUGGCCUUUGUUCUUCUCUCUCACAUUUGUUCUUUCUUUCUUUUUUUCCUUUUUCUUUCUUUCUUUCUUUCUUUCUUUCUUUCUUUCUUUCUUUCUUUCUUUCUUUCUUUCUUACAUUCUGGUUUUUGUCUUCUUAUUUAUUCAUUCAUCCUUUCGAUAAAUUGUUCUUUAUUCUUUCUUGCGUUUGAUCUUUCAUUCUUUCUUUUUUUCAUAUAUUCUUUCUUUCAUUCUCGCGUUUUUUCUUUCUUUCAUUCAUUAAUAAUUUCUUUCUUCAUGAUAUCGCCUCUUCAAUUUUACUUUCUACUCUUCCUCAUCUAUUGA